AUGGACAUAUAUUUUACCAUCACUGUCAUAUCGCGCGAGCAGAUACGAAUUAUGUUUGUUCGCUUCCGGUGCGUUUGUUUUCAUGAUGAAUUUCCGGAAAUUCAAGAAAACCUUCUGGUGUCUUUCAAAGCGUCUUCGUUGAUUGAAACUUGGCGGUAUGAUCUUAAUAUUUCAGCAGAAAGGUUAAAAUUAAAGCGAAAAUGCUCUGAAGGAGUUUCCAAUCAAGGGAAACGCCCUGGUGUCGUAUCCCAUGAUGAAAAAUGCUCCGAAAGCGAUUCCCAAGGUGAGAACGGCAUUAAAAACGAACCUCAUCAUGAGAAAUGUCCAGGAAGAGAUUCUCGUCAUGAAACUCUCGGGAAUAAAAUUAAACACUUUGAUAGCGAAUUCACGCUCCGAAAGAAAGAAAUGGAGUUCUUUUGUCCGAUUCCGUUCUUUGAUUGGAUUGUCAAAAAAGGCAUAAACUAG